AUAUUCAUGCAGUACGCAGCACAAGCAACUGUGGUUACAGGAUAGGAAGUGUUACACUGGGGUCAGUGUGUAUUGUUUACACAUCACUCAUCACCUUUUUAACUUUUGGUUAUUAUCUAAUGUAAUCGGAGUCUAAAAGUUUGGGAAAGGUGCAGAAGUGGCUUCAAAAUUUCUCGAAUGGGGACACAAAUAUAUGUGGGGAGGUGAAUUUGUUUAUUUUUAUUUUGUAGCUAGCUGCCAUACAUUUCUUAAAAUUUACAUUGAAAAAGGAGGCACCAAUCUCUUGGACCCCCUGGAGCUGCAACUGUGGUGGACAUGGGGGCUGUUCUCCCUCCGUUUUUAUUCACCUUCUUUGGCCCCAACCCCCCUUCAAUCUUUAUGGUGGUUCAAUGGUGGUGUUGUAGAUAUUGAUUAAAAUAAGAAAUAAAAACCAUAAGUUACCAAUUCCUAUUUCACCCUUCAACAGGAUGAAUAAAGUUAAUCAAGUUGAAAAUUUCAUUUUGUGUGUGUGUGUUUGUUUUUUUGCCACUAUCUACAAUUACAGGAGCUCAUAAAUACUGUAAAAAAUAAUAUAUUAUUUCCAUUUCUUAUUGACAUAUCUUUAUUUUUACGACCCUUUGUUUUCCCCGUCAGCUAUAAACAAAGACUAAUGUUUGGAAAAAUAAAAAAAUAUAAAAGAUGUACGAAAUUAGAAUCAAAUAAAAUAGUUUGAUUAUUUCUUGCUUGUGCUGACGACCCGACGGCCGGAUACUAUACUCGACCGGAAGUAAAAUAUAGCCUUCCCAAGCUCCCUUUCCGGAUUCGCUGGCAACGAAGGCUUGUAUACAAAAUGGCGGACUGCACGGACCGGCGAGAUUGUCCCAGUAUUUGCACCUUCGCGGCCACCUAGGAGACACUAGACACACUCUGACAAAAGUAUAAACUCUGAGUUGAAAUUCUUGGAGAUUUUGGUUCAUCUGGCCACUGAUGAAGUGCUUACACGCUGAACCCGGUUGGAGAAAUUAAUGGCGCGAGAAUUGUUUGAGUGAACUUUUGAAAAUAUUUUUUUGUUGGUGCAUAUUUAUAGGCUGCGAUCGAAUGUUGAAUGCUGGUUUUGACGGAUAUUUUUUUGUAAGAUAUAGGAUCUCCUAUCUUCUUGCAUAGCAGUACCUUCUAUUAGAACGUCAGGUCAUUUAUUUACUUGGCGACAAUACACAAUCACUGAUUAAUUCGUUUUAAAACGGUGCAUGGGCACCUUAAUUACACGGAUUUUUAAAAGAUAAAAGUAUAAUUGAAUCUAAAUGGAACCUUGGGAAAACGGAUUUGCAACAGUAACUGAAGAUUUUAGCUGGAAUUAUUGAACUCAUUCAAGGAGGGCUGGUUUUUAUUAGAAUAAAAUAUCUUGAAUUGGAAAGAAAUGCCACAGCCUGUAUUCAAGGACUACUCAGACACCGAGUCUCACCCUGGUAUUGCUCCUGAGGGGGAGGAAGAAGGGGAAGACAAGACGUCAGACAUCACUAAAACUGUGUCCACACCUGGGACAACGAGUUUCAGUUUUAUCCGAUGGUGUGGAGCGACCAAAAAGAUUCCAAUUCUAAACUUUUCUGCACAAGUUCUUUUGCUUGGUCUUCCUCCUGAACUAAAGCCACAGGCAGAAAAGUUUCACCUGUCAUAUAAGUUUGUAAAGACGGAAUGCAAACUUGUAAGGAGCAUUCUCAACAGUCAUGCAUUUAGAGAGGUCCACCCUAACAGCUCCAAUUUCAACCUGAUGUGGACUGGAUCUCAUCUCAAGCCACACUCUCUCAGGGGAAUGCAGGAUUUCCAGAAGAUCAACCACUUUCCAAGAUCUUAUGAACUAACAAGAAAGGACAGGCUUUACAAGAAUAUACAAAGACUUCAGCAUUCAAAAGGUCUCAAGCAUUUUGACUUCAUACCUAAUAGCUUUGUACUCCCAGAAGAGUACAACGAAUUCUAUGCUGCCUUCAUGAAGGAACGAGGUCACUGGAUUGUCAAGCCUGUUGCAUCUUCCAGGGGAAGAGGAAUCUUCCUUAUCAGUCAUCCUAGUCAAGUUCCGCUUGAUGACCAUCUUCUGGUGUGCAGAUAUAUCACCAACCCACUGCUUAUCGAUGGCUUUAAGUUUGAUGUGAGGUUGUACAUUGGUGUGACAUGUUAUGAUCCCCUGAGGAUCUACUUAUAUGAGGAAGGACUGUCAAGAUUUGCUACCGUGAAGUAUGACAAGUCAGGGAAGAACAUCCGUAACUCUUGUAUGCAUCUCACUAACUACAGCGUCAACAAGAAGAGUGAGAACUUUGUCAGUUGUCAAGACCCUGAGGUUGAGGACUAUGGUAACAAGUGGAGCAUGAGUGCAAUGCUGAGGUUUCUCAAGCACAAAGGCAUCGACACUACAGCUUUGAUGAUGCGUAUCGAGGAUGUUGUAGUGAAGACCAUUAUUGCUGGCGAGUUGCCUAUUGCGUCUGCUUGCAAGAUGUUCAUGCCACAUCCUGGUAACUGCUUUGAGAUCUAUGGGUUUGACAUUCUAAUUGACGAAAAUCUUCGUCCAUGGUUGUUAGAGGUGAACCUUUCACCAUCAUUGGCAUGUGAUUCUCCACUGGACCUGAAAAUUAAGUCCCAUCUUGUGACAGACAUGUUCAACUUGAUUGGAUUUGUUGCCCACGAUCCCCUCAUACGGCGACCAAAUGGCACACGAAGAGUGCCAGACUAUGCUGCUGCCAGGAAUAAGAAGUACCAGAAACAACGUACUCAAUCUGCUGGGGCACUUUCGACUUCUGGCCUGCGGCCAACUUCUGCAGCGGCUCGUCGUAAGGCUGUGGACGAAGAACUCACCCUGACUCCCGAGGAGAGCAGGAUUCUUCGUCAGACCAAGGAGGAGUAUGCCAGACGAGGAGGCUUCGUCCGCAUCUUUCCUUCUUCCGAAUCAUGGGAACUCUAUGGCUCAUUCCUAGAGCACCGUACUACCCACAACCACCUGCUCCACAGCAAACUAUUCCCAGGUCGCAAGUCCAGCCUUCAGGCGCGGCCAAGCACGGCAAGCUUGUCAUCCGCCACAGCCCGGGCCAAGAGCCUGACGAUGUAUAAAAGCAACAGCUCUCUUAACUCGACUUCUGCUGUGGAACUGCCCCAGCCUACGCUGGUAGGGCCUGACGAGCUCAGUAUUUCUCUACGGAUCUCCUGCUAUGAGAGGAAAUUGGACAGCUGGAGUACUGCUGUGAUGCACACGAAGCGUGUGCAAGAGACCAGACCGCCAAGCUCAGUGGAUACACCCAGCCAGUCUUCAACAAGACCAAGCAUUAAUUCUGACCUUUCUCGAACAAGACCCGAGGGGGAGGCAGACAAACCACGCGUCCAGGACACCCCUCCCCUCCCUAAAGAUGAGAAGCCCCCAGUGUCAGCCAUAGCACAACCUGAAAUCAAACCGGCCAUUGCAGUGCCUACAGCCCAUUCUGCCACUCGGCCACCCAGACCACAGGCUUCUCAAGAGACCGUCUCUAAGCGUGCGUUGUCUGCUCAACCUCGUUUUAAAGCCGUGCGCGUCGAUGACAUCAUGGAGAAGUGCGGGACUUUGACGAAGCUCCAAGCGCGGCAAGCAUUUGCGAUGUACCUACAACGCGUCCAGCAGAGGCUAAUACAGGAAGCAAGCUACGACUCAGACGACUCCACAGGCUCACCGAGACAAGACGAACAAAUGUCUCUUGUGAUUCGUUUUCUUAAAAAAGCCGCCGGGAACCUUCAGCAGCCGUUCAAGGUCGUCAUUCCUAGUCGCAAGUUAGCCCUGCAUGACAGGCGUCGCAUCCUAGCAAAGCAACUUGGAGACUUCGUGCAUGUGUAUGGAAAGGAGACUGCCCAGAUUCAACGUCGCCAUGACAUCAAUCGCGCAUAUGGUCUUCUGCGCACCGCUGAGCCAAGUGGUGAGAUACCGGACGAGGAAUUCAAAAUCUUCAUGGCAAUUGCAAGCGAAACAGAGCUGGAGGACCUGUUAACUCGUUACACCAAGCUUAACAAGAACGCGAGCGUGUUCCUGGGAGGUCGGCCCGAGCGCGCAAGUGACAGCGAGGAUAAGGAGAGAACAGUGCUGCAGAGAAGGAAAGAGGCGCAGACAAACCAUAUCAGGGCGUCUAGCACAACAGGUUUCGAGAAGCCUGGGUCUAAGCCACUUGACGACCUCAGCAGUACUAGUCCUGGCGCCAUGGUGGAACGUCAUGCGCGUGCGCUCACAGCGGUAUCUGCUUACGGUGCAUCGGUGGCACUUAACAAGGGCAAACAGAGGCCAGCUUCGGCAAGGCCCUCUUUUCAAGCCUUCACAGACAACAAGCCUGUACGGGCCACGAGGCCAUUCUCGGCCAAGAUAUCACGUGAUCAUCCGAGCCCCGACGGAUCUGGAGACUCUAUGUCUCGUGAGAAAGUCUUGUCACGCAUUCACCAGAGGGCACGUGUUGCCUCCGCACCUGAACAUCGUGACCAGCGUUAUCAAAUGGCGAACGAGCAUGCAGUAGCUGACGUACUUGAGCGACUCGCUAGGCGCCAGUCGGCGCGCAACUAUUCCGCACUCAAUACCACAGGCAGUCCGAGCAACUGGGACCAGCUCUUUCGCAAGCUCGACUUUAAUCCUGACACGAGCUCACAAAAACCCGGGGAAGAUGGCUACAUAACCCUUAUGAGCCAUAAACCCGAAUCGCGUGGAACUAAAAGGGAACUGCGUGACAGUCAUUUACUCUCAAUUGACAAGCAUAGUGACCCUAUUGAACGCUUGCGUGACACUCACGCCAAAGAGACUCGUCAUUUUGAAAACGACAGUAUGAGUCACGCAAGGAACUCUCGCGAUCGUCACGUAAAUGCAGACGAAACAUUCAAAUCGUUCGUCGACUUCAGUUCUGGCUUGCCUAACGGCGAGCAAGUGUCCAGAUCAUUCAGCUCGGAGACCGCUGUGCACAAGCACACAGGCGCUGGGGGGAGGUCAAUAAAGGUAGAGAUACCGAGCGCGGAGCUGGGGACUAGGCCCGUAAAGCAAACUGCUGACGUAAUUAGGGAACAAAAGGGCCCAAUCUCUCGCGAGGACUACAACAAGCACAUCCGGUUGCUGAGUCAGAAGCUGAUGGAAGAGAAGAUAAAGUCACAGCCCUGCCUGCCACACCCACCGGUCGGGCCCUCGCCUGCCAGGAAGACCAUCAGCGCUAAACGAAUGGCCAGUCUGACGGCUAGUCCGCACUUCGCGUAUGACGUUGUAACUGGUUCAUCUGAUGCGGAUUCGUACAGCUUAGACGACUACACAUAACAUAACUCGGAUUAGGGACUGUACAUUAUAUAAUACACCUGAAGCGUUACCCAUAAUCGAGAUAUUAUACAGUGAAGUCAUUUAGAAAAGGGACUAAUGACAGAGAUAAAUUCGCCUGACGGACCAAGUAUUAGUGGACUGCAUUUUCCAACGGAAUGGAGAUUAAGGAUUAAGGGACUAGAUAUCCCAAGAAAUUCAGGAUCGAGAGCUGCAUUCCCCAAUAAAAUCAGGAUGAAGGACUUCCCAAUAAAAUAAGAAUUCAGGAUGGAAUAAGGAUCAAAGGUAGCCUGCUAGCCGGCUCUCCGUGGAUUCGGGACUACCCUUCCACAGGAAACCCGAAACUCCGACGAGCCGGCUAGCAGCCUAGAUCAAUGGCUAGUCAAGAGCCAACCUAAAUUUCUACAAAUUUCUCCUUUUUUUCGCUUGAUAUUUUUUAUAGUGUAUCUGCUAUAACCUUUGUAGCGCUUUUAUUUAUAUAAACGAAUGUACCCGGGUGAUUCUAAUAUAAACAAAAUCAUACAUUGUACGUUAUAUUUUUUAUAAUAAAAUCCAAUAUAAAAGCG